AUGGACCAAACUGGUUCUGGUUUUGUUCAGGGGGGUCCAGUUAAGCUCAAGUACAGAACUGUUCCCCUCACACCUGCUGUUAAAAGCUCAGAGGGUGCAGUGGAGUAUCUUAAAGUGGCACUAGGGGGCACGGUUGCCCAGGCUGGGGCUCUUACCGACUGCCCCUUUCAGGGAGACUCCUCUUCAUAUAACAUAGUGAACGGUGAGGUUAAUUCUAUUCUAGGUGAGCACACUAAAGCUCUGAUUGGGCAGUUGAUCAUCUUUAACCAGAUCUUGGGAGAGCUGAGAGAGGACAUCAGAGAACAGGUGAAAGAAAUGUCUGUCAUCAGGAAUGCUAUUCUGGAGUGCCAGAUGUGUGGAUUUUAUGAGCCACGUUCACGCUGUCAGCCCAACCCCUGCUUUAAGGGCGUGGCCUGUAUGGACACAUUUGAUUUCCCAGGGUACCGCUGUGGCCCCUGUCCGGAGGGUAUGACGGGGAACGGCACACACUGUCAGGAUAUAGAUGAGUGUGCAGAGGCUCAGCCGUGUUACACACCAGGCGCAUGUGUCAACACAGCAAAAGGGUUUACCUGUGAGCCUUGCCCACCUGGACUGUGGGGUCCUCCUCUCUCUGGAUUCGGUGCGGAAUAUGCUAAGAGUCACCGUCAGGAAUGCUCUGAUAUUGAUGAAUGUCUUGAUUUGGCCAACACCUGCACACCCAACUCCUUCUGCAUCAACACCAUUGGAUCAUAUCGAUGGGGUCAGUACAAGGUUGGAUAUGUUGGGAAUCAGACAACUGGAUGUUUCCCUCGGAAAUCGUGCGCUACUCUCAGUUUCAACCCCUGUGACACUAACGCUCACUGUGUCAUUGAGCGGAACGGCGACCUUACCUGCGCUGUAUGUCUCCUCAGUUACCAGUAUAACAUGCGUCCCAACCAGACAAGAUGUGUAAAGAUUUAAGGGACCCUCAGUUUGUCUUACAAUUAAAAUUCUAUUAUCUA